AUGUCGUCACAGUUAAAGGCGACAGCAAGUAAAACGUCGAAUAAGAAGUGUAAUGUUUGUGGAAGAACCACUAAAAAGGAAUCUAUAGUAUGCUGCACUUCUAAGAGAAAUUUUGAUUUAAAUUGUGGCAAUAUUUCCGAAAAGCGAUUUAAUUUAAUGACAACUGAAAAUAAACAAAAAUGGAAAUGCGAUAGUUGUAUAGGAAAGAAAAUGACCGAUAACCAGAAUAAGAAAACAAGUACACUUGUACCGCAACAAAAAAUUCAAACUGAAAAAGAAAAUGAAUUGAAUGUCUCAUUUGACAAAAAUAUAACUAUAAGGAAACCAAAAUGUUUCCCGGGAACUACUCCAUCUAGAUCUAAUCAAAGCAUACAGUAUGAUCAGGAUAAUUCAUUUUUGUCUAUACACUCUCAAACGAAUGCGACAAGUUUACCAGAUUUAUCAAUCGGAUAUGACGAAGAAAUGAUAACAUUAAAAGACAUUAUAAAAGAUUUAAAUAUUAAAUUGGAAAGUGCUCACUUAGAAAUAGAAAACCUGAAUUUAACAAACAAUAAAUUGAAAAAUCUAAUACAGGAAAAGGACAAGAAAAUAAGAACAUUAACUGACAUUUGCUUUGGGAGCACAAAUAAGAAAAAAGGGAACACAAUAGACUCCUUAAACGAAAUUCAAAUAAAUCAUAUGAAAUUUUAA